AUGGGGUCGUUUGAACCCGUGGCGGGAAGCAGAGAAGAAGCCACUACAACGCCCAGUUCUCGAGGGAGUCAUGGCCACCGACAGAUACCAAGCUAUGACCAGCAAAUGGCCAGUCAAACACUGGCCACCUUUCCGUUGAGAAACACAUCAGAUGCAAUACGACUUUUGGACCAAGAUCGAGCAUCCUUCGGCUCCGAACAAUCUGACAAUGUGGAUGUGCUGGGCGUCGGCGCUUCCAGGCCACAGUUUUUCCUGCUUCGAGAGGGCUUUAUAGACGAGUCAACAUUGUUCAGACUGUUCAACUUCUAUCUUGGCUCGUUGCAUCCCAUGAUGCCGCUCAUUCCUUAUGAAAGGAGACCGACAACAUCAGAGCAAAUCCUCACAAUGGCAGCCCGAGAACCACAUUUUGUGGCGGCGAUUCUUGUAGUGACCACCGGUCUGCUGGGUGAAUACACUCUUCAUCACCAUUUGUGGCAGAGAGUGGAGAGGCUCUUUGCCCAGGUCGCCAUCAUGGGGACGAAUGAAUCGCUAGAGAUGAUCGAAGGAUUGUUACUACUUUCGGGUACAACGACCCUGGUUCCCAAAUCCAUCUCAGCAAGGGCCAUGCUGAAAUAUUGUGCAGAAUACCCACCAAAUAUGGGCCACAGCAAAGGACUGGGGUUUGAAGAUCGAAUGUGUUGGAUGACAGUCGGAACUGUGAGUCAAGGCACUCCCUCUUCUAGGUUUCCGAUUCUUGCUAGCUCUUUAAUCAAGGCCGUCAGGCUAGGUUACCUCCGAGGCCUCGAGCAGCUGGUCAUGCAACCGGACGAUAUUGAGGAGAAAUUUGCGGACGACCGCGGUAGAGGGAAGAUUGUAUGGACGUGUAAGGCAAUUCUGCGACCAACCAUGAGUGCUCGCCCAGCUAAUCAGUCACAUAACCUCCAGAUUGCUAUUGUCUCGAUCGACAAAUAUCAAUUCGUGUUGGAAAACCAUUUUGGCAUCGAAGUGCGUCAAAGCCCCCUGGGAACUCCUCCAUUGUCCCGCACGUACAGGAAGCUCUGCGAGGACAUCUUUUGCUGA